CAUCUUCAAAUUUUGGAAAGCUCAUUCAUAAAAGAUUAGUUAAAAUUGUGAGAGAGAGACGAAAUCAUGUUUGAUCAGAAGAUAACAUUAUAAUCUUCCAAUUCUGUCUUCUCCGCGCACAUCCGGGUCAAUUUGAACUCAGCUCACUUCCAAAAACAUCGGACCACUAGUUUUCGUAUUGCGUUUAGACACAGCACAAUAGCUGUUCGGAAAAAGUCAAUAAAACGAAGUUCUCGCAGACUGACUUCGUCUCUCCCUGCGCGUACAUUGGCAAUUAUAAGUGAUUCACAAAUGAGAUAUCGCGUGGCGGAAUGUGAACGUUCGGUUUAAAAAUGGCAGAGAGAAUUCCCUACGCCGGAGAGAUCGUCAAUUGCGGUUUUCUGUGAAUUUCCUGCUGUUUGCUCGCGCGUCCUUCGUGGAAGGUAUUUCGCCACGGUGACAAAGUGCCCCAGCGAGAGGUCCAAAACUACCCCAACGAUCCGCAUCGCGACCACUCUUACUACCCAAUGGGGACCGGUGACUUGACCAACCAAGGCAAGAUGCGGGAGUACAAAAUCGGGAUGAUGCUGCGCGAGAGAUACGAUCAAUACUUCGGACCGGAUUAUUGGCCGGCCAAGAUCUAUGCUCGAUCUACGGAGGUUCCGCGAACCCAGCUGUCUCUCCAGUUAGUUCUGGCAGGAUUAUUCCCGCCCUCCGAGAAGCAAACCUGGAAUCCGCACUUGCCCUGGAUUCCGACAUCGACGUUCUUCGUGCCGUACGAGACUGACAACCUCUUGUUUCCGCAUUAUUCCUGCUAUCGAUAUAAGGAAGCAUAUCAACGGUUCCUUCAGCUAGACAGUACGAAAGAGAUUAUCAAUAAGUACAAAAAUGUAAUGGACUAUUUGACGGAUCAUAGCGGUAAGCUGAUUAACACGACGGAAGCAGUUGGUCAUUUGUACAAUCUAAUGAAAGAGGAGGCCGCACAAAAUUUGACGCUACCGAAAUGGACUCAGAACGUUUACCCGAAUCCGUUGCUAGAGAUGCUACAAUUGGACUUCAAACUUCGAUCAUAUACGAAAACCUUGAAGAGAUUAAAUGGAGGUAUGCUGCUUCGCAAGUUGGUGGAUGACAUUCAGGAGCACCGAGCGGGAAAAUUGAUACGUGACCGAAAAGCCUUCCUAUUUGGUGGACACGAAGCCAACGUGGCUGCCCUCGCCUAUACUUUAGGAACGAACGAACCAACGGUACCGGCUUUCGGAGCCACGAUCAUCCUGGAAACUCUCCGGGACAAGAAGGGACUUUACUAUAUUCGGGCUUUACUAUGGACUGGCGUUACGGAACAAUUGAUCGUACAGACGAUCCCAGGCUGCGCGGAGAUGUGUCCCUUCGAGGACUUCCUCGACAUUGUGAAGGACGUUCUGCCGAGUGACGACGAAUAUUACUGCCGGCGGGAAAAAACGACGGGGGAUACCAAGCCAAACGCGCAUCAUCGAUCGUCGGCGGAUUGUAUUGCCAAUAGCGGAUCUUGGUGGUACACCUUCCUCACCGUUCUCCUCGCGUUCACGUCCAACUUCGUGCAAAAAAAAAGAUGGGAGCAGAGCCCACCUUAAGUGACCUUAAGUUAAAGGGAAAUAGUUGCGAGAAUAAUCGACGCAGCACGCGUCCUGACCGAUACCUGUAUCGGAAAUACUUGGCCGAACUAUGAGAGCGCUCGCGGGAAGCCCGACGAAGUUGCGGCUAUGCGUUUCGCUGCACGUGCUGCGGUUGCCGCGUUGAUGCAUUUUACCGCACGCGUUGUUACACUGUCGCGUUAUACACGGACCACUGUAUGUACAUGUGUAAAUGGCUAUCGAUAUAUCAAUGUAAUAGUAGUCGACGUCGUAAUCAUUUAAAGACGAACAUCUCACGCGUAUUAUCGAGAACGUGGGACUUUCAACCCCGAGCGCGGCAUUAGCCUCGAUCGGCCCAGUAUAGGUGGUCGUCAUCGACAAAAGUCAUCCCGCAGUACCCGAGGGGGAAACCCGAGGGGGAAACCGCUGACCAAAAUCUUGUACACCAAUACCCACUAAUGCCCAGUGGGUAUUACUUUAUCUUACUAACUUAUUUUGUCUCAUUUAUCUCGUUCUAUCUUAUUUUAUCUUAUAUAAAUUAGUAAGGCUCGUAUGUGUUAAACACAAAUUUCAAAGAAUUUAAAGGACUCAGAGCCGUGACAGGAUGGUAGUGUCUUUUAUCUUAUUAUAUCUCUAUAAUUAAAGACGAACUUGCCCCAGCAAUGCCCAAACUAAUGCCUAGAAAAAUGCCUAGUAAUGCCCAGUAAUGCCGCAAAUCUGUAAACCACAAUGCCCUCAGCGAUUUCUCCCUCGGCAGUACCCUACGACAUUUUUUCCUUGCCAUCCAGAAGGCACGUUACGCGCCGAUAUAGCAUUUAUUUUCAGUAACAUUUAUUUAUGAUCAUAAAGAGAUUAUCGACAAAUCAAGUAUUAAUAAAUCGAUGAAAGACUUCCAAA